AUGUCGUUCCGUAACUGCUUACUUCUCAUGGGGUAUCUUCUCCCGCGUAUCCAGGCUGCACCCUCGAGUCGGCACAUGCUAGCAAGUGAUGUUUUGGCACCUUUGGCAAGGGAGUCUACAGAAAACUUGGGCAUCUCAUACUGCGCAAAGCCCGAAGAAGCCCCCAUUCAUACGACUGGCGACCCAGAAGUUGGCCCAGGCUUCUGGAUAACCAACAACGACGGCAUUAAGGGCGACUAUUUCAUUUACGAGAACAGCCGUGAUGAGCAUCCCUGGAAGUAUAUCACGAUCGACGCCGGUGUCCGUAGCUUCGUCCAAGUCUGCUCAACGUUCCAGGGCCAUAUUGUGCGCGGUGCGGCAUCGAUCAACCUCGACAACAGCGCGCACAACCUCGGGACAUGGGCUGUAGCCAAUAUCGACACCACUGGUGCAGCUUGGGGUGCCAUAUCCUUUCUCCAGGGCAGCGAUGGAGGCGGUAGCGUAGCCUCUACUGACGGCACACGGCAGACGCGCGAGUGCACCGUUGAUGUGCUGGACGGCGCCCCGGAUGCGGCUCUGGUGGCCAAGGGCUCCGGGGUCAAGGUCCUCAAUAAGGUUGUGGGUGAUGGUGCCAGUGUUGAAGCCAUGCACUGGAUGUUGGCCAAGUGCCGCGUAGACCAGAUCUAUAUCGAGGAGCCUGGCCCAAACCCCGUCAUCAAGUCUGGAAAUGGACGACUCGAGUUUGUCUUCUUCAAGGGCAGAUUCUAG